AAAUGGAUGAAAAUGAAGAUUUAUUACAAGAUCUAAUUGAGCAUUCAAAGAAGAGGCCAAAGUAUGCGUGCAUGGUGUCAUGGGAGUUUAAAAAUGAAACCAAAAAGCCCAACAGAAAGAAAAAGCAGCUGCAGCAAGAAUUCCUCAGAGAGCAAGAGGCAAGUAAAGGUUACGAGGAAAAAGACAAGGAGUCAUCAUCAUCAACUUCAUCAGCACAAGAAGAAGAAUACAAUUCAGAGAGUUCGUAUUACUCUGAUGAAGAAGUAAUAGAUUCUGAAGAAUCUACAGGCAGUUUGGAGGAAGCUGUAGAUGGGGUAAAUUUACAAAAUGACACAAGUUUUAUGCAUUAUCCUUCACAAGCAAAUAGUGGAUAUCGAGCACCAAGUAAAAAACAGCGUAAAAGAUGUUAUCAGUUGACCUACUUUGAUCAGAUUCUGCCAUUUAUGAACUGUGGACUUAGCAUUGAGGAAGAUAUCCAAGAAGUUGUGGCUGAAAUCCAGGGAAAGCAAAUUGUUGUGUUGAGGGAGGUGCCAAGCCUAUCUUUUCUAUGUAUUAAAAUGCUGAGAGGAGUAAGGUUCCCUUCAGAUACUAUACCCAAUCUAAUUAAGUCACAGAUCUAUGUUGCCAACACAGAUUUUCAAUUUAAGAAAUUUCAGUAUGGGUGGUUGUUAAACAUGCUGGCUUUUGUAGACAAGAAAGAAAAUGUAUACUUGCGAUGGUUAAAACCAUCAGGACUCACUGAAUGGUGUUAUCGUCCCGUAAUUCCAAUGUGCAGUGUAUGGUAUCCUCUGCCUUAUGUAAAGGAAUGGUCAGUACAAUUUACAGAAAUUUACAACAAGAACAAAGUCACAGCUUGUAUGAUAUACACCAGUGGACAUCCCCAGGAAUUACAAUUUUCUUACCCUUGGAACAUAUUAAAGUGUGUACCUUGGCUUCUGUCAGCAUUGGGUACUUUAAUUGAAUGCAUGCUACCAUCUCAAAUAUCCCAAAGGAAGCCAAGGGGGAAAGUCCGCUACCAGAGCGAGGAGGCACAACUGAGAAGGGCCACUAUAACUGCCAGUCAAAGAAUCAAAUAUACACUGUCUAAAAGACUUCCCAAAAUUGUUGCAGAGUUUUUUGAAAUGGCCCUUCCUUAUGCAUUUUGGGCAAGAGGAGAUAUUCAUUAUGCAACAGAACUGUUCUGCCAUCUCUCUCAGUCACAAAAAAGAUGCAGAUACAAGGCCUUAUUUUUGAAUGAAGCAGGUCGGAUGCAUGCCGUUUCAGGGGAAACAACUAGUGCUGCCAAAUUUUAUCGAUUAGCUUCAGAAAUGUUAAUAUCUAAACCAAAAAAUACAAUGCAUGUUCCUGAAUUAGAAGGUCAGACCAUGAUGCUGUUUGCCAAUCUGAAUGACCAGGGAAAUAUGAAGGGGAAGGCACAGUCUGCAUGGAAUUUGUGGAAGACUGUUAUUAUGUCUGAAUCUUAUGUCUCUGAUAAUGCAGCAUUGACAGCAGUAGAACACUGGCUCUGUUUUCAUGCAGGGUCAUGGCAAGGUGACCACUUAGAUGAAUCAGUCAGAAGACUUGUUCCUUUGUGUACACAACAUCCCAAGCUUCUGUACCAUCUUUCCCUAGUUCAUGCUCUCAGAGGAGAUGCAGAAAACUCAUUGAACUGUUACACUGACUUCAGAGAUAAAGUGUUAGGUUCUAACAUGCCUGGGGAGGGCAUUGUUCUGAAACAAUCAGAUAAUCCAUGGCUGCCCCUGGUGGAUGUAGUCAGAAAACAAGGGCAGAUAAACUGUAUACCUGUCCUCUGGAGAACUCAGCUCAGACCUUUGUGUGUUCAAACAAAACCUAGAGUAACUCAGGAAGCUGAUGUAGUUUCAGAACAACUCAAUUUAAGGAUGACCCCACAAGGAUUUCUGACAGGAGAUAUGCAGUUACUGGCACCCCCUUGUGGUGGAAUCUAUCUAGAUCCAUAUACAGGGAAGAUCACAUACAACAACAAUGGGACAGAACCAUGGAGGGGAGUCAUGAAGUCGGGGGAUUCCUCAGUUUCAGAUCCUUGGAGGCUCCCCAUACCCACACCUCUGGAGGUUUAUCAUGAUGAGGAUGGAGUCAGUGUUCAUUUAUUGAUGACAUCACAGACAAAUUUUAAUCUCUAUAAAUUCAAUGACUUCAGCCAUAAUGUCUGUCAUCUGAUCUGGCGUGGGCCUAAUGGUAGAGAGGUCAAGGUCAAUCUGAUGACCAAAUUGGCAGAUUUAAUCUAUCAGAAAGAGGAAGAGGAGCUGAAAAAUGUAAUCGAUUUUAAAGAAGAAUCUCAGCGUCAGGUUGCUCUGGAUGUACUGCAGACAUUACACAAUAAAGGACUGGGGUCGAAAGCACUAACUAUUUCAAAUCGUGUGCAAUACAAACCUAUAUAUUCAAAAAACCAAUCAAAAACGGGCAAGGAAUGGGAGAAAAAAGAGAAUACGAUUGUGGAAGGAAGAAAGUAUGCAUUUAACCUGGUGGCAGAACCUCUCAUGUUUGGGAAGGCAGUAGCAAUGAUAUUUGACCAUUGUGAGCCAUCUAUAAUCAUGUCCAACUUUCUUAUAGCAAACUGUUCUUCAGAAGAGACAUUUUUGAAAAUGAAAAUCCACUACAUAGGGAAAUGGUCCAAAGAUUUCAUACAUUACAGUAGCAGUCAAGAGAAUUCUUUCAAUAUACGGCCAUGUCAGUUGUAUCAGGGAUACAGAAUCAGCAACGCAGAAGUCAUUCACUUUCGUCGUUCACGCAGGUUAAUUGAAAUUUAUGAUCAAGAUGGCUCCUUGGUUAAAACUGUAGUAGGACUGGAAGAUCUGCUACAGAGAAGUAUUUACAAGAGGCAGAUUUACCCACUGAUAGUCAAAGACCAACUUAUAGCUAUCAACUAUGAGAAAAGACUGUGGUGCUUCAGAAAUGGAGAAGAAUUCUACAGUCCCAACAUAAGGGAGGCCACAUCAGUAGCAGCCUUUGGGGACAUUCUGAUCGUUUUGAUGGACAACAAGACACAGUUUGUCGCAGUUCAUCAGCUUCGAAUUCUCAACAUUAAUAUCACAAAAUCCUGUCAGAGUGAUGUAAAGCUGAGGAUAGGAGAAAACAGACAAGAGAUAGAACAGAGCUUUAAAACUGUUCAGGUGUUAUCUACACAGACAGUCACCAGAGACAGUAGGACUUAUCUGUGGUGUAUAGCAGCAUUAGACAGAACCAUAGUGUGUCUUGAAGUACCCAUAGAUAUGUCAAAGUGCACAGAGGUCACUGUUUUCCUGACCUUGACCCUGGCAGGUUAUCCAGUGGAGGCCUAUUAUAUCAGUAAGACAGAGGGAUUUCUUGUAACCUUCACCCAGCACAGUGCCCUGUCUGAGGCCUGUAUAGAACAUCUCUGUCACUACAACUUUGACGGAAAACUGUUGGGGGUACUUCCCUGUCUAGGCCCUGGACCGAGAUCCUUCUGCCACACCCACCUUCCAGGAGACCCUAAGGGAGGGAGUGGAGGGUUGCACCUGUACAUGAGGGAUGGACACAAUGGAAUUGUGGGAAUUCACUUGAAUGACUAUCAUCAUUGAAAAUUAAGUGCCUUCAUAGAACUACUGGUCCUGUAGCCUUUUCUCUGACAAUGUUUCUGACUGCUGAAAACAUCACUAUAAAAACCAUAGAAAUCGGAGGACUGCAAUGAAGUUGAACAGUUUUCGUAGUAUACUGUAUACCCUUUAAACAAAAAUUUUA